AUGUCGAAUAAUUAUGGCGGAAAAGGUGCAUAUACAUCUGGAAUCGUCAGAUUUCGAACUACAAAAAGGAUUUACCUUUAUAUUGGAGGUCAAGGAGGGAAACCGUCAAGUUGCAGUACAAAUACGUAUGCUUUGGGCGGCUAUAAUGGCGGUGGAAAUGGAGGUAAGGAUACUCAUGAUGACGACCCCAGUGGUGGAGGCGGCGGUGCAACAGAUGUAAGACUCGUGAAUGACUCUGAUGUUGCAUCGCUUGCCAGUCGAAUCAUGGUAGCUGUUGGUGGUUCUGGAGCUGUUUCUGGUUGUUAUGGUGCUCCAGGUGGUAAUUUAACUGGUUUUAUUACUUCUGGUUACAAUAAUCUGAAAUUUUCCCCAUCCACUACUACGCAGACUGCUGGAAAUUCUCUUGGAAUCGGCGCAAAUGGGAAAUCUCAUGCCGAUACACCCGGAUCUGGCGCCGGAGGUGGUUUCUACGGUGGAUUUGGAGAUAAGAGUGAGUCGGUAAAUCAAAACAAUGAAUAUGUUUCUGUUUCAUCAAGUGGUUCGAGUUAUGUCAGCGGAUUUGAAGGAUGUAACUCUGUAAAUGAGAAUGGAAUCCACACUAAUAGUCCAAAGCACUAUUCUGGAAUUGUUUUCACGAAUGCAACAAUCUUAGAUGGAAACUCUACUUUUAAGAGUCCUGAUGAAUGGAAAGAGAUUGGGCAUUCCGGGAAUGGAGCUGCUAGAAUAACUCGUAUUGAUUCUGAAAUAUGUAAUGAUAGGGUUAAAUCAAUAUUUUGUCCAUCAAUGAAUCUUUUUUAUCUAUCUUUUCAUUAA